AUGUCUCAGAGACCUGACCCCCAGGGGACUCAGACAGCAGCUCCCAACAGAGGCCAUGCCAUCUCUCACCCAGUCACCCACAACCACAGGCUCAGCCUCCAGGAGCCCUUCCCAUCGGACAGCCCUCGGAGUACCAGCAGCCAGGAAUCCCAAUCCCCUGAGACUGCAGACACCAUUCAGGACAGAGGCCCUGAGCCUCGACCAGCUCUGAGAACGCGCCGGGUCAGCAUCCAGGAGCCCCUCCCAUCCAGGAGCCCUCGGAGGGCCAGCAUCCAGGAACCCCCUGAGACUGCAGACACCAUUCAGGACAGUGGCCCUGAGCCUCGUCCAGCUCUGAGAAUUCGCCGGGUCAGUAUCCAGGAGCCCCUCCCAUCGGGCAGCCCUCCGAGGGCCAGCGUCCAGGAGCCCCUCCCGUCGGGCAGCCCCCGGAGGGCCAGCGUCCAGGAGCCCCUUCCGUCAGGCAGCCCCUGGAGGGCCAGCGUCCAGGAGCCCCUCCCGUCAGACAGCUCUCGGAGGGCCAGCGUCCAGGAGCCCCUUCCGUCGGGCAGCCCUCGGAGGGCCAGCAUCCGAGAGGAUUACUUGGCUUUGCAAAGCCGCCGUUUCAGUCUGCAAACCUCCCCUUCGCUGGCCAGCGUGGACUCAGCCAGUUCCCACAACAAUCUGACAAUCCAGACAAGAAAACAGUGCCUGGCAUUCCAGGCACGGUACAGCAUCGACAUUCCCCCAUCCAUUACCCACAGUCCCCAAAGCAGCAUCAGCAACCUGGAGUCUGUGGUGAUCUGGGGCUCCCAGGAGAGCCUCGGGGACAGGUCCCACAGCCUCCAGCCCGACCAGGACAGCCUGGAGGACAACCACAGCCUCACGGCAGCCAUCUCGGUGGGCGACCCUUCUUCCCGGGCUCACAAGGGCAGUGAGCAGCUGCUGUUGCCCGUCUGCUGGCGACUGCUGCACGACGCCAAGAGGAUCACGCGCUACACCAGCCUGGUGCUGACACUGGCUGGCAUCCUCACCAUCACCCUUGUGUCUCUGGGCCAGCCCUGGAUGCACUUCCAGGUGCCACUGGGACCCGCCAGGGAGCGGGAGAGCCCCCCACGCAUCCUCAUCAAAACCGUGCUCUUCGUGCAGUGCCCGGACAGCUCCUGCCUGCGCGAGUAUGACCAGAAUGCUUACUUGCUGGACCUGGCCUGGACCUUCUUUGUUUUCUCCAGCAUCUGCGGCGUCUAUGUCUUCUUCACGCUCAUCAGCACCAUCUUCUUCAGCACCUCCAACGUGCCCGUGCUCGACUUCUCCAUCUUCCUCAGCAGCAUCCUGACAGCGACCAGCAUGGUGCUGGGGGUGCUGUUCUACCUGCUGCAGGCGGGCCAGUUCCUGCAGGAAGGCAUGACCUACAGGCUGGGCGUCAGCUUCUACAUGACCUGGGCCGGAGCCGCCUUCUUCCUGUUGGCCGGUCUCCUGUCCUACUUGAACUACAUGAAUUUCUGGUUCAUUCUGGUACUCGAGGGCAAUUGGACUUAGCCCUCCGUGGGCCCCGCGCCAAGCACCUGCCAGUCCUGCUUCUUUGUCUGUCGCCGCAUUCCAGAGGAAUAAUCAGUAUUUU